AUGUAUAAAAUGGAAUAUUCUUACCUCAAUUCCUCCGCCUACGAGUCGUGCAUGGCCGGGAUGGACACGUCGAGCCUGGCGUCGGCGUACGCGGACUUCAGCUCGUGCAGCCAGGCCGGCGGCUUCCAGUACAACCCCAUCCGGACCUCCUUCGGGGCCACGUCCGGCUGCCCCUCGCUCACGCCCGGAUCCUGCAGCCUGGGCACGCUGCGGGACCACCAGAGCAGCCCCUACGCCGCAGUGCCCUACAAGCUCUUCACCGACCACGGCGGCCUGAACGAGAAGAGGAAGCAGCGGCGCAUCCGGACCACCUUCACCAGCGCCCAGCUCAAGGAGCUGGAGCGGGUCUUCGCCGAGACCCACUACCCGGACAUCUACACCCGCGAGGAGCUGGCCCUCAAGAUCGACCUCACCGAAGCCCGCGUCCAGGUGUGGUUCCAGAACCGUCGGGCGAAGUUCCGCAAGCAGGAGCGGGCGGCGGCGGCGGCGGCGGCGGCGGCCAAGAGCGGCCCGUCGGGCAAGAAGGCGGAGGCGUCGCGGGACGAGGAGGCGAAGGAGGCGAAGAGCACCGACCCGGACAGCACGGGCGGCCCCACCCCCAACCCGGCGCCCAGCUGCGGCGGCCCCAGCCCGUCGGGGGUGGGCGGCGUGGGGGGUCCCGGGCCGGAGGCGGCGGCGGGCAAAGGCGGGCCGUCGGGGCCCGGCGGGCUGGCGGCGGCGGCGGUGGCGGCGGGGCCCGGGCCGGGCUGGGCCCCCGGGCCGGGGCCCAUCACGUCCAUCCCGGAUUCCUUAGGCGGGCCCUUCGCCAGCGUCCUCUCGUCGCUGCAGAGACCCAACGGCACCAAAGGCACCUUGGUCAAGGGCGGCAUGUUUUGA